AAAAGACAGUCUUGAUGACGUAUGCAGCCUGGAAAUGCGACCUCUGGAGGCUGCAGCCUUCGGAUUGAGAACGGCCAUAGUAGGCUACUGGAAAACUUCCAGUUGGUCGCCUCUCGUUGUUAUGGCAACAUCACUUCAGUUCCGCAAACACAGCUGGACAAGUCCAGAGAGCCUGGCUCGUGCCUGAGAAAGUAACGUUUUAAUAUUAAUCAAUACAUUUUUUAACAUGUUGACAUCUCAUCGACACAGGACGCAAUGUCGGGAAAUUACUGGGCCUACACCACAUUCAGUGGCAGUGAGAGCAAAAAAUGCUUCAUCCAGACCCACAGACUACCUGAUUCUGGAGAGAAGGAAACAGGAGGCAGCCCGUAAUGAGGUGCUGGACUUCACCAGAGACCAAAGCUCCUGUGAUGUUAAAUUGCAAUGGGAAAGAAACACACAGCGCCGAUUGGUGUCAGCCACUAUUGAUAGACGACUACAGGAAGCAAUGAAGCAGUACCAGAUGACCAUUGACGAAAGGAGAGAAAGGCUUCGUGAGCUGCUAGAAUCUGAGGAGCAAGAUCUCUUUAAUGAGAUCGAGAUAAGAAAAGAGACGGUGGUGGAGAGGCAGGCUAAAAUGCGUGAAAGAGCCAAAACCCUGCGAGAGAAAAGAGAGAGUGAGAGAGAGAAAGUUGUUGCUGAUAAACUCGACCAGCUCUUCAGAGAGCAGAGUGAGGAGCUGCGUGCCGUGGAGAUGCAGCGGAGGCGAGAUGAGGUCUGCACUGAACGCGCCGCUCAGAUUCGUACCCGGCGGGAAGCACAACAGAUGCAACAAGACGAAGACAGGCUGUUUGAUAAGUUAUGGGAGAGUGACCGGCUGGCUAAAGAAGAGCGUGAAAACCAAGAGCUUCAACGUCAGAGACAAAACAACCUUCAGCAGGUGGCGUUCUUGCAGGCACAGAUGGAAACGGCUGAACAACAGAGAAUUCGAGCUAAACAACUGAAGGAAGAAGAGGCAGAGUUACUGCGAGACCAAAGGGAGAUGCUCCGUCUGGAAGAAGAGAGGGAGCACCGGCAGAAGCUCAUGGACCAAGCAAAACGAAAGAAACAGCUGGACCAUUCACUUCGGUUGAAGAUGAAGAGGCUGGCACGAGAGCAGCAGGAAGAGCUGGCCUUAGACAUGAGCAUCUUGGAGAAACUAUUGACUGAGGAAAAAGAUGAAAAGCAGGAGGAGGUUCUCAAGAAGCUGGAACGUGGAGAGGAGCAGCGCAGAUACAGGCAGUACCUGAAAGAGCAGCUGGAGGAGCAGAAGCGUCAGGAGGUUGAGAUGGAGCACCUGAUUGAGUCAGAGCUCCAGCAGGCCUGGGCCCGCAGAGAGAAGCAGUGGCGUCUGGAAAAAGCAGCAAGAGAUCGACUCAUGAAGGAUGUCAUGGACACUCGCCGCCUACAGAUCCAGGAGAAAUUAAAUAAGAACAUGCAGAAACAGGCUGAGCUUGUCAAAGAGAGAGAGGAGCUUGACCAAAUCAUUGAAGAGAACAAAUUGCUGGAUGAAGAAGAAAAGACUCGUCUAAGAGAGGCCAGUCAGGAGUAUCAGGCUGACCUCUUGGCUCAGAUGUUGCAUCGCCAGCGUCUUCGUGAAGCAGAACAGGCUGAAAAAGAUCUAGAGUACCAGAAGGGUCUAAUGUACCAGGAGCAGUACAAUAAGAAAAUUCAGGACAUCUUAUCAAGGCCCGUAUCUAACACCACAGCAGUUCACCCCUUCAGGAGACGAGAACGACCCUAUUCCACCUUUGGUGGACAAUUGCCAUAAAAACAACUCUGUCGAUUGUAUUCACAGUAUAGUAGUUAAUAAUUACAUUUACAGUUACAUGACAUACUUAAACUUCUGAAUUACUAUGUCCACAGUGUAUUUUAGCUUAGCACAAUUAUUUGUGUAGACUAGAGUUGUAACUUCACAUCAUUUACAAAGUUAGGCAACUUUUUGGAACAUUUUGGAACAAAUGGAACAUCACCAUGUACUCCUAUUUGUAAUAUCUUUGAUCAGAUGUCCUCAUGUGAAAGAUUGUAUUUAGGAAUGAAUACAAGUCUGACUGGA